UUUACGUCAUUGAUUUUGAACCUUUUAUUUGCUCGGCUCUCUUCUACACACGCACGCCCUCUCACUCUCUCUCUAGACACUCACAAACCCAAACACCAAAUUAACAGUAAUUUCUGUCCUGUGCUAACAGACUAGUUGCAGUCCAUCCUAGAAUGAGAAUGGAAAAAGUGAACAGAUUUAUCGCGCGAUUAGCUGGUCCAAGGGUUGUUAAUGAGCGUUCUCUUGCAGUUUCUGAUAUGAAGGUUGUUCCUUCUCUUCUUUUGAAGCAUGGUCAAGGUGGAAAUGAUUCUGCUGGCCCAAAGUUCUUCAAUAUGUUUGCGCUUUUAGGUGCAGGAACUACUGGAUUUUUUAGUUUUGCAACAGUUUCAUAUGCUUCUGAUGAGGCUGAGCAUGGGCUGGAGUCUCCUAGCUAUCCAUGGCCUCAUAAAGGCAUCUUGAGUUCAUACGACCAUGCUUCGAUUCGUCGGGGUCACCAGGUCUAUCAGCAAGUUUGUGCAUCCUGCCACUCUAUGUCACUUAUUUCUUAUCGUGAUCUUGUUGGUGUGGCUUACACUGAGGAAGAAACUAAAGCGAUGGCAGCAGAAAUUGAAGUUGCUGAUGGCCCAAAUGAUGAGGGUGAAAUGUUCACUCGCCCAGGAAAGCUGAGUGAUCGUUUCCCUCAGCCUUAUCCUAAUGAGCAAGCAGCACGGUUUGCAAAUGGAGGAGCCUAUCCCCCUGAUUUAAGUCUCAUCACCAAGGCCCGCCAUAAUGGCCAGAACUAUGUUUUUGCUCUUCUAACUGGGUAUCAUGAUCCUCCUGCUGGUGUCAUGAUUCGAGAAGGGUUACAUUACAAUCCCUACUUCCCUGGUGGAGCUAUUGCCAUGCCUAAAAUGCUUAAUGAUGGCGCUGUUGAGUAUGAAGACGGUACCCCUGCAACCGAAGCACAGAUGGGAAAAGAUGUUGUAACAUUCUUGUCCUGGGCUGCUGAACCAGAAAUGGAGGAACGAAAGCUGGUAUGCCGCCAACAUCUCUGUCUUUUCAAUUUUAUUUUCAUUGCUUUUACCAACUUUUUAGGGCUUCUGUUAUUUGUUUUUGUGUCAUUUGGUUUAACCUCUGCUAACUUGCUUUUCCAUUGCAAACCUGGCAGAUGGGUUUCAAAUGGAUAUUUGUAUUGUCACUUGCACUUAUCCAAGCAGGGUAUUACAGACGCUUGAAAUGGUCGGUUUGGAAGUCGCGCAAGUUGGUACUUGAUAUUAUCAAUUGAUACAUAUGCAUUCUGUAUUAGGUAAAUUGGCUAUCAUAAAUACAUAUAUAUGUAUGUGCCACAGUGCAAACCUUAAUCGAGUGCAUGUUAUAACUCAUCCCUUUUGUGUAAAAGGGGAACACUGUUACAUCUAUAGUCCAACCAAGAUUUGUAUGCUUUCAAGUCCAA